CCCCUGUUAAAUGUGUGUUUCAGAUUUCAUGGCGAAUGUCGGCCAUUAUGAUUCAGCUUCAUAGUCAGUCAGGCAACGAGCUGACGACGGAGGAGGUGGUACAGAGAUCAAAGGGAUAUGCCCAUCCCACCUGACGAGAGUCAUCCAGUAGAUACUUCAAGCGGUCCGUCCUCGCAGACCCCUGCUGCUGCUGGUGUACCUCAAAAUGUCAUCGAUAAAUUCCAACAGCUAGGCGAGGAGGCGGCCGCAGAGGAGCAAGAUGAUGAUGAUGCUGGAGCUGAGGAUGAGGCGGGAGACGACGAUGAGGAGGAUGAGAAUGGCUUAGGACGAGCUGCUGGUGACUCUAGCAACAAGAAGAAGAAGAAGAAGAAAAAGAAGAAGGGCAAAGCUGGACGAGCUGUCGACCGCCUCAAAGAAAUUGCCAGUGGCAGUGCUCCUCAACAGGUCGUCGAUGCUGUCAGGAAUGAGAUGGAUGGUGGCGGGAAGGAAGUCACGGACGAGGAGAUCAAGAAGGCUCUGAGAGCUGUGGAUCUGAUGAAGCUCUUAGAUGGGCAGGUGGCACUGGGCAAUAAGUCAAAUACCAAGGCAUUGGGGGAGCAUAAGUUCUGGAAUACCCAACCCGUUCCGCAGACAUUGUCUGCCUCGAUAGCUGGAAAUGCACCUGUGGAGGAUGUGACGGAGGAAGGCCCUAUCGAUCCUAUCAAGACUCCACAGGAAGUCCGACAAGAGCCGUUACCGUUGCCCUCGGGAUUUGAAUGGACUCAAAUUGACAUAACCAACGAGGAGCAAUGCAAGGAGGUCUAUGUCCUGCUUUCGGAGAAUUAUGUGGAGGAUGAUGACGCGUCACUCCGGUUCAGGUACUCAGCAGAGUUCCUGCAUUGGAGUCUGACUGCACCAGGCUAUGUGCCCGACUGGCACAUUGGUGUCCGAGUAGCCAAGACCGGUAAACUGGUAGCUUUCAUAUCGGGCAUCAAAGUGGAGAUCCGAGUCAGGGCAAAAUCAUUCGAUGCUGCUGAGAUCAACUUCUUGUGCGUCCACAAGAAGUUACGAUCGAAACGUCUGGCGCCGGUCCUCAUCAAGGAAGUCACGAGGCGGUGCAACUUGGUGGACAUCUGGCAAGCUAUCUAUACGGCUGGUGUGGUCCUUCCCACUCCAUUCUCUGCAGCAAGAUACUAUCAUCGAAGCCUGAACCCUGUCAAACUCGUGGACAUUGGGUUCUCACCCCUUGGUCGAAAUCAAACGAUUACUCGUCUCGUCAAGCAGUGUGCCGUCCCCCCGCAUACUCAGACACCAGGUCUCCGAGAAAUGGUCAAGGCGGACGUGCCUCAAGUCGGAACUUUGCUGAGAAAAUAUCUCGCACGAUUUGACAUCUAUCAGACGUUCUCGAAGGACGAAGAAAUCGAACAUUGGUUCCUGUCUGGUCAAGGCGUGAAUGAGAGCGGAAUGCGAGUCAAGCAAGUCACUUGGGCAUACGUCAUUGAGGACCCUACGACCCACCUCAUUACCGAUCUAGUCUCCUUCUACUCCCUCCCUUCUUCUAUCAUGAACCAUAAGAAAUACGACGUCUUGGAAGCAGCCUACCUGUUCUACUACGCAUCCGACGCCAUCUUCUCACCGUGUGGAUCCUCGGACGACGCAGCAACGCAUGAAGUCAAAGCCAAGCAGAAACUAGGGGAGAGGUUGAAUGCACUGAUGGGGGAUCUGCUGAUACUGGCAAAGAAUGCCGGCUUUGAUGUUGUCAAUGCUCUGACUAUCUUGGAUAACAACACAUUCCUCGAUGACCAGAAAUUUGGAGGAGGGAAUGGAUUUUUGGUGAGCCGGUCGAACUGACAGAUCCACUCUGGUUCCGAGCACUGACACGUGUCCGAUGUCUCCCUAUGAACUCAUAGAAUUGUAGGUCCGAGCAGCGCAGUAUCACGUUGCGCUGACAUCUAAUGC